UCUGUUGUCUAUCAGAAUAAUAUUUUCAAGUAAUUAUAUUUAGAUAUUUAAAUACAUAUCGAAGAUGAAUAGAAGGACUGCCUUUGGACUGCCCAUUUGGACGCCGCUGUUCAUCCUCUUCUUGCUUUUCCUGGCCAGCGCCUGGGGUAAGCCGUCGUCGCUUGUGGUGAAUCGCCAGGGUUUGCUGGACAUGUACCAUCGACAGGUUCAUGGAUCUAAAAAGGAAAUGGAAUGCCCAGGGGAGGGACUAUUGGAUGUCAAACAUCAUCGUUUCGAUCGGUCAAUGAAUCCUUUCAAAGCCUUUCUUUCGUGGCCCGGCAAGCAGCGAAAAAUGGAGAAAAUUCAGCCAGUUAAAGAGGAUUCGUAUGGCCACGAAGAGAUGUCGAAAUACAGCUACGAGGAGCCGAUAAUUGAGAAUAAAAUGGAUCGCUAUUUGGCCCAGGAUGAUGAGUUGGACUUCCAACCAAAGCUGGGGCUGCUGGAUCAUGAGUAUGCGGAACACUUUGACGAGAAUCUCGACAUGGACAUGUUUGACAGCUUUCAACCCGUUAAAUCCAAGUUGAUUAACAGUCCCAUGAUGGACUACAAACGGGAAUUCGCCAGCGAUGAGGCCAAUCCCUAUGUGGAGAGCCUUCAGCAGCGUUAUGAGCCCUCGCCAUAUGCCUUUAAGGAUUAAUCCUUAAUAUAUUUUUUAUGCGUUCUUUAGCUGUGAUUUCAGCGAUCAAUUAAAGAUAACUUUCUGUUGGAAACA